AUGUCAUCUGGCGGCGUUGCCACGCAUAUGGCUCAUGGGCCCCUUUCGAGGACGAACACCGCGCCUCUCUUUCAGACCAGAAGCGCCGGCUUGAGCCAGACAAUGAGCCAUAGUUCGCGAUCCUCACAGCUGUCCGGCUCAACAGCGUUCACCUCUUCGUCGUCAACUUCCUUGUCGUCGAUGACCAGCUCUGCAACCCUUGUGCCGCAGAUCCCAAUGUCCGCAAAUGGUAGCCCAAAUGGCAGUGGCCCCGUUGUCGCGACAAAUAAUAUCAUCAACCAGAGAGCGGAUGCGUCGAGGUCACUGUACCAAAUCUGCGUCAAUCUACGGCAACGACUCGCCCAAGUUCCCAACUUUGACACCCAUCUCAAUGACUCCGAUGACGAAGAUGAGGGGGAGGAUAUGGACCCAGUCUCUUCUCUGUGGAGAUGUCUACGGAAAGGAACACCUCUGAUGACGAUAUACAACUCUCUUCAACCUCCCGAACCCCUGCAAAUUGACGAUAAGAUCCAAGAACCAAAGCGGCCAAAGAUAGCAGCAUUCAAGUUUGUGGAAGCAUGCUUGAAGGGGGACUUGAAGUUACCUCCUGGGGAGUGCUUCUCUCUACAAGAUCUCUUUGGUGACGAUACGACCGGUUUCGUCAAGGUCACUCAAGUCAUAAAUAUUGUCCUCGACGUAGCAAAGCAACGCGGGCUCCUCCUAACCUCGGAGAAAGAAGACGAAGCUCCAUCAGCAGCCGCACCUGGAGUGAAAAUGACUUAUAGGGACCAUGUUGUGAAGGAGCUUGUGGACACCGAGCGCAAAUAUGUACAGGACUUGGAAAACUUGCACGAGUUGAAGAAAAAGAUAGAACAGAAAGGCGUCAUCCCCGGGGAUGUUGUGCACGAUAUCUUUCUCAACCUGAACGCCAUCUUGGACUUCCAAAGGAGGUUCCUCAUCAAGAUUGAAACCACAAAUUCCUUGCCAGAUGACAAGCAGGAAUGGGGCUUACCCUUCACCAAUUAUGAGGAGGCUUUUGGUAUCUACCAACCCUUCAUUGCGAAUCAACGGAAAGCAGCAGCGAUUGCAAAACGAGAAUUCGACAAGAUCGCCCUGGCAGAACAUGCGGUCGUGGUUGACUUCAACACAUUAGAUGGAUUCCUUCUCAAGCCGAUGCAGCGUUUGGUCAAAUAUCCGCUACUGCUAAAGGACAUGCGCGACAAGACACAGGCCGACGAGGAAACAAAAGCAGACUUGACUGCUGGCAUCGAGGCCUCUAAUCGCGUUCUCAGCCAAGCUAACGCCGCAGUUGACCGAGAGCUCAGAGCCGAAGCCCUUGAAGAUUUGUGUGCACGUGUCGAUGAUUGGAAAAACCAUCGGGUAGACCAUUUUGGAGAAUUGCUUCUCCACGGUCAGUUUCCUGUGGUUACAGGCAAAAGCGAUGUCCAGAAAGAAGUACGACCCCCCAGCGUCAGAUAUCCUUCAUCAGUUGCAGAUUUCAAGUCAGCCGUCGACCACAAGCGCAAGGCGCUUUUGUCAUCUUUUCGACGUUCCACCCCUACCCACACUCAAAGUCUGCCAGAAGACAUCGCCUCCUCAUGGGAUCAAGCUUCAGCGACAGAGUCAGAAGCAACAUUCGCUGAAUCACGCCGAUGGAGUACCAUCGGCGAUACAGAUCGCUUCUUAAGCAACAUGCUCUUUCAUCAUUUUGAGGGCUCUCACCCCGUCACAGGAGAUCCAAUUCUUGCAGAAAAGUACGCUAACAGUUUGGGCAUCAAUUGCCCGCAGUACGAACAGUACACUAUAUAUCUCUUUGAACGCAUCUUGCUUUGCUGCAAGGAACUCAACCCGAACAAAUCGAAAGAUAAGCUCAUGGGCGCCCAGAAAGACAAAAAAGACAAGAAAGAUAAGAACAGAAACAAGGAACCCAACAAGAACGCCAAGCUUCAGCUCAAGGGAAGAAUCUUUAUGACCAAUGUCACGGAAGUUCUCUCAUUGGCAAAGCAAGGUUCAUACACUGUUCAGAUAUUCUGGAAGGGAGACCCAGGUGUUGAGAACUUUAUCAUCAGGUUUUCAAACGAAGAGACGAUGAAGAAAUGGUAUGAAGGUGUCGACGGUCAACGGAAACAACAUGCCAGUUCAAUCCAAACCGGGAGCAGUCCAGACGCAGGACCUGCUGACUUUGCUUGGAUGAGAGACCAAACCGGACUAGCGAAUCCAUAUGCUCAGCAAGACGACGAUGACGAUGAUGAUGAAUAUAGUACACCAGCAUCGGCUCCUAUACCGAAUUCGACGUACCCUGGACCUGCUGGAAUCCCCCGAAAUGCUUCCAGCACGAGUCUCCGGUCGAGAUCUACAACAGGUGACAGCGGGCAAUCAAUGGCAAGCAUCGUUCGUGGGCCUGUGCCUCCAAGGCAAUUUCCUAUGAAUAUCUCAGCUCCGCCCUUGAGUCUACAGACUCAAAUAGCGUCACAGAUGCCAUCCCCUGGUCAGCGUAACGGGGAUUCAUACUUCUCUCCAGUUGCCGAAUCGCCUGCAUCUUCAAGAACAAGUACAGCGUCUUCGAUGUUCCCUUUCCCUCGCCAAGGAACGCCACAAGGAGGUUGGGGAGAGGAUCACAACCGUUAUACUGCACCUGCAAUGCCUCGCGCACCAUCACGCGGCAGUCAGAACCCUGCCGAUGCAUAUAUGAAUGGAAGAGGACCACAAAGACCUUCUCUUCCAGCCAUGGCAUCACAAAACCAGGCGAGUGUAGCACAGCAGCGAAGUCGAUCUUAUAGCACUCCUGACAUUAAUGCUCAGAAUGGAGGACGACGUCUUCCAAAUGGUGCCGCAAGCGGUCAACAGGUGCCAGCAGUACCAGGCAUUCCGUCUCACCUGCAAGGACACCCCGCUUAUGAUGCAGGCAUUCCGCGAUCACAAAACAGCUCUCCGAAUGGCUUGCCGAUGCGGUCUAAUACUCAAUCUCCUGGAACUCAACGGGAUCGCAUGACACAGCAGUCAGCCUACCCUGCAGUGCCUCAAUACAACAGGAGCAACACAACUCAGAUUCCAAUGACGAAUGCUGAUAGUCGAACCAUGUCCCCACCACUGGGCAGCGCAAAUUCUACAAGCGGCGAACCUGAGUUGCCAAAUCAGCUCAAGGUUAAGGUCAACUGCAAUGGGAAUUAUGUUACUCUUGUGGCAGGCUACAAUAUCAAGUAUCAGGUUCUUGUUGACCGUAUUGAUGCCAAGGUUGGCCGUUUUUCAAACAAUGCCAUCAGCCAAGGCACGAUGCGCUUAAGAUAUCGAGAUGAAGAUGGAGAUCUGGUGACCAUUGAAUCGGACGAUGAUGUUCGGAUUGCAUUCCAAGAGUGGCGCGAAGCACAGAAAUACCAAUAUCAAGCUGGGCAGCUGGGGGAGAUUGAGCUUUUCUGCUUGACUAUGGAUAACUAG